AUGGCGAACUGUACUUAUAACGCACGUACGCUUGCAUCGGAAGCAGCCAUCGAAGAUCUGAUGAUGCAAGCCAAGAAGAUCAAGUACGACGUCAUCGGACUGACCGAGACGAGACGACGUCACCCUCUCAACGCCGUAUAUGAAACUGGAGAAGAACUGUUCUUAGGAACAUGCGACAGUAGAGGUGCUGAUGGAGUUGGCGUCCUCGUCAACACGAGUAUGGCAAAGAACAUCGACUCUGUCGAACAACUUACGACCCGAAUCGGACUUCUGCGGAUGAGAAGAUGUGGUCCAACACCAGCUUUGACUAUCUCCGUCGCUUACGCUCCAACAUCAAGCUACGAAGAUGAAGAAGUCGAAGCUUUCUAUAUGGACCUGGAGAAGUUCUACCGAGAAGAUCAUGCCUUCUACAAGGUCAUAAUUGGCGAUUUCAACGCCAAAGUUGGCCCAAGAAGAACGCCGGAGGAACUUCACAUCGGGACCCACGGCCUACAAUUUAAUGACCAGGGAGAGAGGCUCUCCGAGUUCAUCAUGACGACUAAGACCAUCCAUGGGAACUCGCAAUUCCAGAAGCCCUCGUCUCUACGCUGCACGUGGGAGUCACCCGGUGGGGGGUACCGUAAUGAAAUAGACCACAUCAUCGUCAAUAAAAGGUUCUGCCUGACGGACGUCGCUGUUGUACCAAAGUUCUAUGCGGGAUCGGAGCAACGCAUCCUCCGAGGAAGAUUUUUCUUUACAAAGAGAGCAGAGAAAGUCGUCAAGUUCAGAGAGAGAAAUCCCAGGACUACCAUCAACUGGGAUCUCUUCGCUACGCUAGCCGGCUUUUGGGAAUAUUCCGCAAUGGACAACAUCGACGAGGAAAAUGACCGGCUUCUUGAACACCUUCACGACUGCGCGAAGAAGGCUGAGAGUUUUAAAACCACCAAGAGACGCCUGACUCUUGGAACUCUUGAGCUGAUACGCCAGCGUGGAGCAGUACAAGCCGCAGGGAACCAAGAACUUAUGUCCGAGCUCGCCAGGCUUUGCAGAGAGGCGAUAAAGGAAGACUUGAAAGCGAGAAGAGCAGAAGUGCUGGCUGAGGCUGCAGAGGCGUUGAAAAGCAUCCGCUAUGCCCGUCGAUACUUCGCCAGUCACAAGACGAAGAUGACUGCUCUCCGGAACCCGAGAGGAACAACCAUUGCAUCGAGAAGGGGAUGGAGAAAAUCGUCUACGACUUCUACUCUGAUCUCUUCGACAGCCAUGUUCACUUGCCUCCUUACCAUCUGA